UCACAGUAGACGUGCUAGGCUGCUAGCUAGGAGCAGCUCGCUGCAGUGCUUGCUGCCACUCUUCUGUCUCCUCUUGCUGCUUCUCGCUCGCUCGUCUUUAAAGCUGUCGCCUUUUGCCGCUCUCGGCGACUCGGCUCCUGCCUCCUGCCUCCCCUCCUCCUAGUCGGCUCCUCCUGAACCCGCUGGGUUCCUCGUCUGUCGUCUCCUUCUGUUUCGACAUUAUCCGGCAACCGGGCGGGCUAGCCAGCACUGCUGGUUCUGGGAGGCGUCGCUGGGCGGGUGCGCGCGUGUUUUGCAGUCGAUGGCCGAGGCUCCGUGCACCGUCGCGGGGGGCGGUUUGCGCGGACGCGGUGGUACGCUGUGAUGCCGGUCAGCAGCUGGCGACGGUGCCCGUGCGUCUCUUGGCUGCUGGUGCGCGCGCGCGGAAAGCUGAACAGGUUUUGAUCGGUGUGUGAGAAGGUGGAAUUGCAGGUAGCGACGGCGUGAGAAGGGUCCGUUUGAGUGUUUGACAAAGGGGAAGUGGUGGUCGGAGGCGGAGAGGACGGGUGCGUGGUGGAGUUUUGCUUUCGGUGCUGGUCGGUGGCCGUGCAACGAUGGCAGCAGCCGUAGCGAUGCGGAGCGGGAGCAGCGAUGGCGGCGGCGGGUACGAGAAGAGCGGGAUGGACACGGGCAAGUACGUGCGGUACACGCCGGAGCAGGUGGAGGCGCUGGAGCGGGUGUACGCCGAGUGCCCCAAGCCCAGCUCCGCGCGCAGGCAGCAGCUGCUACGCGAGUGCCCCAUCCUCUCAAACAUCGAGGCCAAGCAGAUUAAAGUCUGGUUCCAGAACCGGAGGUGCCGUGACAAGCAACGCAAUGAGUCUUCGAGGCUCCAGUCCGUGAACAGAAAGUUGACUGCAAUGAACAAGCUUCUCAUGGAGGAGAAUGAGCGAUUGCAGAAGCAGGUUUCCCAGCUGGUUCACGAGAAUGCGUACAUGAAGCAGCAGCUGCAGAAUCCGUCACUGGCAACUGAUGCGAGCUGUGAGUCAAAUGCGACCACUCCUGCAAACCUAAGGGAUGCGAGUAACCCAUCAGGGCUCCUUGCAAUUGCAGAGGAGACCUUGACAGAGUUCCUCUCAAAGGCUACAGGGACUGCUAUUGAUUGGGUCCAGAUGCCUGGGAUGAAGCCUGGUCCGGAUUCUUUUGGUAUUGUGACCAUUUCACAUGGUGGCCGUGGUGUCGCUGCCCGUGCCUGUGGUCUGGUGAACCUAGAACCAACAAAGAUAGUGGAAAUCUUGAAAGAUCGUCCAUCUUGGUUUCGUGAUUGUCGGAGUCUUGAAGUCUAUACAAUGUUACCAGCUGGAAAUGGUGGAACCAUUGAACUUGUUUACAUGCAGAUGUAUGCUCCUACUACUUUAGUUCCUGCACGUGACUUUUGGACACUGAGAUACACAACCACUAUGGAGGACGGCAGUCUUGUGGUCUGUGAGAGAUCCUUAAGUGGUUCAGGAGAUGGUCAAAGUGCUGCCACAACACAACAAUUUGUAAGAGCUGAGAUGCUUCCUAGUGGCUAUUUAGUUCGCCAAUGUGAGGGUGGGGGCUCGAUUGUGCGAAUAGUGGACCAUCUGGAUCUUGACGCUUGGAGUGUUCCUGAAGUUCUUCGUCCCCUCUACGAGUCGUCUCGGGUGGUUGCCCAGAAGAUGACAACCACAGCGCUACGGCACCUUAGACAAAUUGCUCAAGAAACAAGUGGAGAGGUUGUAUAUGCGCUAGGAAGGCAGCCAGCUGUUCUACGGACAUUUAGUCAGAGGCUGAGUAGAGGCUUUAAUGAUGCUAUAAGUGGUUUCAAUGAUGAUGGUUGGUCCGUUAUGUGUGGAGAUGGCAUGGAAGAUGUUAUCAUUGCUUGCAACUCGAAGAAGAUCAGGAGCAGUAGCAAUCCUGCUACUGGUUUUGGAGCCCCUGGACCUGGAGGUAUCAUAUGCGCUAAAGCAUCAAUGUUGCUGCAGAGUGUUCCACCAGCAGUCCUUGUUAGGUUCCUGAGGGAACAUCGAUCUGAGUGGGCAGAUUAUAACUUUGAUGCGUAUUCAGCUUCAGCAUUGAAAACAAGCCCUUGUUCCCUUCCUGGGUUGCGGCCUAUGAGGUUUUCUGGGAGUCAGAUCAUCAUGCCCCUUGCUCACACGGUGGAGAAUGAGGAGAUCUUAGAAGUUGUUCGUCUUGAAGGACAGACUCUUACACAUGACGAGGGCCUUUUGUCUAGAGAUAUACAUCUGCUUCAGCUUUGCACUGGAAUGGACGAGAAAUCAAUGGGAUCCUGCUUCCAGCUUGUCUUUGCACCAAUCGAUGAGCUUUUCCCUGAUGAUGCUCCAUUGGUAUCUUCAGGCUUUCGCGUGAUCCCGUUGGACAUAAAAACAGACGGACCACCCUCUGGAAGAACGUUGGAUUUGGCCUCUAGCCUUGAAGUUGGCGCAACCACGCAACAAGUGGCAGGGAAUGGAUCUCAGGACGUUUGCAACCUGAGAUCUGUGCUGACAAUUGCCUUUCAGUUUCCCUAUGAAACACAUCUCCAGGACACCGUUGCAGCUAUGGCCCGGCAAUAUGUUCGAAGCAUCGUUUCUGCGGUUCAAAGAGUAUCAAUGGCCAUUUCUCCCUCCCAUUCUGGCUUGAAUACUGCUGGGCAGAAGUUAAUUUCUGGCUCCCCCGAAGCUGCUACACUUGUUCGCUGGAUUUGCCAAAGCUACCGGUAUCACUUGGGGGUGGAUUUGGUCAGCCACUCGGAUCAAGCUGGGGAAUCACUUUUGAGAAUGUUCUGGGACCAUCAAGACGCUGUCUUGUGCUGCUCUUUCAAGGAAAAGCCUGUGUUUACUUUCGGCAACCAGAUGGGAGUUGACAUGUUAGAAACGACUUUAGUCGCUCUGCAAGAUCUCACCCUUGACAAGAUCUUUGACGAGCCUGGUAGAAAGGCACUACAUGCGGAGGUUCCGAAACUGAUGGAACAGGGCUAUGCGUACCUGCCGGCUGGGGUGUGCCUGUCUGGGAUGGGCCGCCAUGUCUCCUACGAGCAAGCUGUUGCUUGGAAAGUUCUCGGUGAGGACGGCAACGUGCAUUGCCUCGCUUUCUGUUUCGUCAACUGGUCCUUCAUCUGAUGUGAUCCAAGUGCGCCGCGGAAACUUUACGAUCAGCGUCCAUUUUUGCAUUCUCUGUAGACGAGAAUGGUGCGGUGUUGCUGCUACUGUUAGCUAGACAACGGCAUGUUCAGGUAGUCUUGGGGAAAGCCAGUAUUGUGAAGAUGUAAAUUUGCGCCCGUUUCCGCUAAUUUAACCCGCUGGACUUGCUGUUGUUUGUU